AUGUAUAAUCCAUAUCAACAACAAGGAAUGGGCUAUUCCCAACAGCAGCCUCAACAAACAGGAUAUGGAUUCAAUUACCAACAACCAAAUCAGCAACAACAGCAACAACAACAACAAUUUCAACAACAAUCAAUGUACCCCCAGGCCACUGGGUUUAUUCAACAACCAAAUUUAUAUGGAAACUUUCAAAAUAAUAAUCAAGGAUUUGGUCAACAACCUUCUUUACAACCUCAACAAACUGGAUUUAUUCAACCGCAAGGAACUGGUUAUAUUCAAUCUCAACCAACAGGGUUUGGAGCUUCAACAACAGUUAUAGAAAAUAGUGAAUUAAAAAUACCAAGUAUUAGAUUAUCAUUUAUUACAGCUGAAGAUCAAAAAAAGUUUGAACAUUUAUUUAGAUCAGCUGUUCCAAAAGGUGAACAAUCAAUUUCUGGAGAAUCCGCAAGUAAUAUUUUAUUAAGAUCUGGCUUAUCACCGGUUACUUUAGCUGAAAUUUGGUCAUUAUCAGAUAUUAAUAAGACUGGUUCAUUAUUAUUUCCUGAAUUUGCAUUAAGUUUGCAUUUAUGUAGUAUGGCUAAAAGAAAUGAAGCAUUACCAGGAAUUUUACCUGAAAAAUGGUUAAAUGAAGUUAAAAGUUUUAUGGAUACUAUAAAUUUUAGUAUACCAGAUGAUCCAUCUAAAAUAUUAGCAAAUACACCAUUUGCAAGUUUUGCACCUAGAAAGAAUGAUGGAAAUGAUUGGUUACAACCACAAGGUACUGGGUUUAAUUUUCAACCUCAACAGACAGGUUUUGGAGCUCCACCAACAACAUCAUUUGGAGGAUUAUCAGCUCAAAGAACUGGUGGUGGUACGUUGAUUCCAUUACAACCACAACAAACUGCUGGAUUAAUUCCUGCGAAUAAAAGUGGUCCAUUAUAUCAACAAUCAACAGGUUUUCAACCACAGCGUACUGGUGGUUUAAUUCAACAAAAUACUGGGUAUUUAAAUCAACAAUCAAGUGGUUUACCUCAACAAAACUCUGGUUUUUUGAAUCAACAAAGAACAGGCGGGUUUGUACCUCAAACUACAGGAUUUCAACAACAACCAACCGGUGGUUUUAUGCCACAAACUUCAUUUCAACAACCUCAAUUAACAGCUCAAAGAACUGGUCCUUUACAAGCUCAACCAACUGGUAGACCUGGUGAAUGGGGUUUUGUAUCUAUGCCAACUGGUGGUAUUCCAGGUUUAAAUGCUAUGCAACAACAUUUUUUACCAAAUACUCAAUUACCUUCAUCAAAUUUACAAAAUGCUAUGGAUAAUAAUUUAAAAGCAAAUGUUACAUGGGCAAUUACAAAACAAGAAAAACUGAUUUACGAUGGUUUAUUUCAAGCUUGGGAUACUCAAAAAAGAGGAUAUGUUGAUUCUUCAGUUGCAUUAGGUGUAUUUACGAAAUCAGGUUUAAGUAGACCAGACUUAGAAUCUAUUUGGACAUUGGUUGAUACCGAUGAUACUGGUAAAUUAAAUAAAAAUCAAUUUGCGGUUGCCAUGCAUUUAAUUUACAGAAGAUUAAAUGGUUAUGAUAUACCAUUAAGAUUACCACCAGAAUUAAUACCACCAGCUGAUAGAACAUUAAAAGAUACAAUGGAUUCUUUGAAAAAUUCAUUAAAAGGUGGUAAUAAUAAACCAAAUAAACCACAAAAGCCACAAACUAAACCAGAUGGAAGUAGAUUUAGAAAUGAUGAUAAUAAUUUUGGUUAUGUAUCAAGUGCACGUCAUAGAAAAAGUGUUAGUAAAGAUAAUGGUAGUUUGAAAACAUCAUCUGAUUCUGAUUUAACAAUUGAUGAUAUGAAAAAAUUAGUUCGUGAAAAGAGAAUAUUACUUGAUGCCUUGGAUGUUGAAGAUCAAGAUUCAGGUUAUAAAUCCAAUUCAUUAAAUAAUUCAGUUGUUGAAAGUUUGAAACAAAAAAUUAAGGAUGUACAAACUAAAUUAAAUGAAGCUGGUAUUGAAAGUUCUUCUAAUGAAGAAAAGAAACAAUUAUUAUCUACUUUAGAUCUUUUAACUAGAGAUAAAGUUCCAAAAUUAAUUUCUGAUAUUCAUAAAGUAAAUCAAGAAAUUGCAAGGAAGAAAGUUGAAUUAGUUAGAUUACAAAUCAAAAAAGAACAUCCUGAUUGGAGUCCUGAAGAUGAUGAAUCUCAAAUUGAAGGUACAGGUCCAAAUGGUCAAAUUACAGAAUUUGAUAGAAAGAAAUUUCAACAAAGACAAAAAUUAAAACAAAGAAUGGCUGCAUUAACUGGUAAAUCUUCAUCUGGAGGUGCAAACCUGGAAUUGAAUUUCAAAUUAAAACAAGUUUCUGAGGAUGCACAACGUGAAGCUAAGAGUCAAUCUGAAAUGAUAAGUGAUAUUGAAUCUGGUAUUAAAAGUAUGGAAGAUGAGUGUGCAUGUAAAUUAAAAAUUACAACAAAGGAAGAUUCAGGUUAUGAUAAAUGGGUUAAAGGUGUUGGAAUUUCUGAAGAAGUUGCAAAAUUUGUUAGAGAAUUGGAAGCAUUUUCAAAUAGUCAAAGGAAGAAUAUUGAAGCUUCUAAAACUAAUCAACAAGUACCAUCACCAUUAACAAAACAAAAAACUGGUACAUCAACAACUCAAGAACCAUAUAAAACGCCAGAAGAAAGAGCUGCUUAUAUUAAAGCUCAAGCUGAAAAGAGAAUGAAUGAGAGAUUAGCUAAGCUUGGUAUUACACGACGUGGCAAAAUAGAAAAAAACCUUGAAACCAAACCAGAAACAAAACCAGAAACAAAACCAGAAACAAAACCAGUUGAAAAAUCAGUUGAAAAACAAGAAACAAAACCUGCACAAAAACAAGUGGAGGAACCUAUUGAAAAACCUGUUCACAAAGCUUUUGAUCAACCUACUAAGUCACAACCUGACUCAAAACCUCUUGAACAAAAAAAACAGACACUUCCAUCAGCUCAUGAUGAAUCUUCUGAUGAUGAUGACGAUGCAGAAUAUCAAGAAUUAUUAAGACAGAAACAAAAAUUAGAGGAGCAAAGACAACGUGAGAAGGAGGAACGUAAACGUAAGAAGGAGGAAAGAUUAGCGAAAUUGAAAAGAGAUAUGGAAGAAAUGAGAAAUAAACAAGAAAGUGAUGAUGAAGAUGAAGAACCAAUUACUCAAGUUAAUGUGUAUAGUGCUAAGAAAGAAGAACCUAAAGCUAAAGCAGUUGAAGCAACUAAACCUGUUGAAGAAAUUAAACAAGAAGCGACUAAACAAAUUGAAGAACCACAAAGAAAUGAAAUAAAAUCAGAAGUUACACAACCCAAGCAAGAUACAACAAUACCUCAUCACGAAAACAAUCCAUUUAAGAUGAAUUCACAACAACAACAACAACAACAACGGAGUACAGGAAGUUCAAGAUCAAAUCCUUUUUUUAAACCGCAACAACAACAACAAGUCAAGAUUGAUCCUAAAAAAGCUGCAGCUCAACGUCAAUCUCAACGUGGUAUUUCAAGUAGUUCAGGUUGGAGUGAUUCAGAAGAUGAUGAAUCAGACGAUGAUCAACCAAAUAGAGCUGGUGCUGCUAAAUUGGCAAGUUUGUUAUUUGGAGGAAUGACUCAACCACAGCAACCUAUUGAACCACCUAGUCAAGAAGAACAACCUAUUAAAGCGCCUAGUCAAGAAGAGCAACCUAUUGAACCACCUAGUCAAGAAGAACAACCUAUUAAAGCGCCUAGUCAAGAAGAGCAACCUAUUGAACCGCCUAGUCAAGAAGAAAAGAAGGAGGAAAGACAAGUUGCAAAACCGAAACAAGAAGAAGUAGAAUCAAAUGCAGAUUUAACUCAACAAAAAAUACCACCUCCUUUACCUCAAGAUAUACCUCCAGUUCCACAACCUGAAACUCAUGUAUCUAUUCCAAGAACUGCAACCUAUGAGAACGAAAGCUCAGAUGAGUUUGAUUUCGAAACUCCAGAACCGCAUUCCACUGGUUUUGAACCUCCUCCAAUGCCUACUCAAGCUCCUCCAUUACCUACUGGAAUUAUACCACCUCCUCCACCGUUACCAUCAUCAAAUGAAACACCAUCAAAUAAGUCAAUUACACCACCACCUCCUCCACCUCCUCCUCCUCCUCCUCCUCCUAUAUCAUCAAAUAUUGCUCCACCUCCACCCUCAUUUGAUAAUGGUUCAACUGGAGCUCCACCACCUCCUCCUCCUUUUCCUCCUCCUCCAACAUUGGGAAAUCAACCUACUGGUGGUGCAGCAAAUAUUAAUGCAUUAUUAGGUCAAAUUACUGGUGGAAAAUCAUUGAAAAGAGUUCAAACUAAAGAAUCAACAGGUGCUACAGUUGGUAGAGUAUUAUAA